ACCCCAUUCUCUAUCCCCUUCAUCUGCACUGACGUUUCAUGGUUAAGAACAGAGACAGAAAGCUCUUCUCCCAAAGCCUUCCUGCAGCCAUGGCCAUCACCAAAACCCUAAUAAUUCCACUUGUUAUUUCUCUUCUCCUUCUCCAUGACCUUGCUGAAUCUUAUCAAAGGGUGAUCACCACCAAGGUCGAGUGCCCUUCCUCUCAAAAUAUUGAUUGUGGGGCUGCCUGUGAUGCGAGGUGCCAAUUGUCUUCGAGGCCGCACCUGUGCAAGAGGGCAUGUGGGACGUGCUGUGCCCGUUGCGACUGCGUUCCUCCAGGCACUUCCGGUAACUAUGAUGCGUGUCCGUGCUAUGCCAAUAUGACUACACAUGGAGGCAGACGCAAAUGCCCUUAAUUAAAAACUCGAUCCCUCACUUUAUAUAUGCUGGCAUGCAUAUAUAUAUAUGGCAUCGCUCAAAAGCUAGCUGGAUAUUUGUAUAUAAGAAUCAAAGUCUCAAAGAUACGGCUCUUCAUGGCCCAAAAAUCAUUAAAAAUAAACCACUCCAUCGAAAUAAAACUUGUAAAUCUGAAAGUUUAAAAGGAUUAUUUUAGUUUGCAGUCCUGGAA